ACUGGUAAGAAAUUGAUCAAAAUUUUCCAUUCCAAGAUCAGGGUAGGAUGCAAAUUGAACCGUGCUAGAGUGCAUUUCACCUACUUAAGGUUAGCCUGUGCCACCACUUUGAUAUUACAGCUGUGCCCACUUUGAUAGAGUAAGUCGUAAAAGUUGAGGUUAGCUUUCGUUGUUAGACUUACAAAUGGAAACAUUUCCCGUAUUGACCCAAACAUGUCACAAUUCUUAUGUUCCAUAGUGGAGAAACAACCAGCAGGAAGGGAUGUUGUGUUCUUGUUGGACGGAUCUGAAAAUACWAGAGKUGGAUUCACGGCUAUGAGAGACUUUGUCCAAAGAGUAGUAGAGACACUCAGUGUGGAUGACAACAAAGACCGUGUCUCAGUGGUUCAGUACAGCAGAGAUCCAGCCGUCCAGUUCUAUCUGAACACGUACACGACAAAGCYCGAGAUCCUUGACAKCCUCAGAGGRUUGAGAUUGAAAGGUGGAAGACCCCUCAAKACUGGAGCAGCUCUSCAGUAUUUGAGGGAUAAUGUCUUCACGGCAUCUGCCGGAAGCAGGCGUCUGGAAGGAGUUCCACAGGUGCUAAUAUUGCUAAGUGGUGGAAGGUCUUUUGACAGUGUUGAUGCACCAGCCUCUGCUCUGAAAAAGCUGGGUGUCUUGAUCUUUGCAAUUGGAACCAGGAGCUCUGAUAGCACAGAACUGCAGAAGAUAGCCCAAGAUCCAACUUACGCUCUGUCUGUGCCUGAAUUGACUGACCUUCCCAGUGUCCAGCAGCAGCUUCAGUCCUCAGUGGAGGCUGCGGUUAUUGACGUCACUCCAGAGUCACCAACUGUACUUGGUAUGCUAACUAGCACAGCCUCUUGCCUGAAGGGCUACUUGACUUGUUUAACAUUCACUGAGGGAAAGGCCUUAGCUCUUAUAGUGGAUUAA